CAUUCGCCUCACGUUUUAACAUGUUUUUGAAAAGUAUGAGUAAUCUUUUCAUAAUAAAGAAACACCAGACGUAUUGUGCUAAUAUGUACCAACUCACAAAAUACUGAAGAAACUUUUGCUGAGACGAAUAUAUAAAAACCCUUUCAGUAUUCCCAUAUGAAAAUGAACAGCUGACUUCUUCGAACUAAGUUUCAUACUAAUAGAUUUAAAUUCUUAAUAAAUAAAAUCUUUAUAACUAAAAUAUAUCAUUAUUAUGAGGCCGAAUAUUGGAAACGUAUUGAGAUUGAGAUAGGGACCCCACACGCGCAGACACAUUUGUUGACUUGUUACAGUAAUAAUUUUCUUUUUAAGCAUGAAAGUCAAUCUUGUAUCCAAUAUUUUUCCAAAAGGUAGUCUAUUUGAAAGGUUUGAAAAAAAUUUAUCAACCAUAGCCACGGAGGCGUUAGUUGGCAUGAGUGGUAAAAAUGAACAAAAAGGAUUUAUUAAAAAAAACAAUUUGACACCCGUUUGUUUAAAAUCGGAAACAAAAUUUCAUGUCACUAAGAACUUCGUACAAAUUUUGUAAAUUUACAAUAAUAAAGUGUGGAAUAUAAGUUUCUCUUGAAACGCGACGAAAGAUCUAGGAGGUUAUGGCACACACAUUUUUUUUAGUUACACAGAGAAAGCGAACUUUGGGAUGGAGCACGACCCGAGGGUCAAUCGCGAUGAACAGUAUCCCUUGCUAAAAGUGGAAGCAGCAGAUGGUGGUGGAGACACAAAACUUCAACAGCCUCCAAGUGUUGUGACUACUGGCUGGACUGCAAGUCGCACUCCGAAGCCAUCGUGGCUUAACCGUUGGCCAGAGUGUAUGUCUGCCUGUUGGAUGACCAUUAUAGUGUUUGCAGUAUCAUUCCUCGUAUUCUAUAGUUUGGGAAUAUAUGUGGCCUAUAGACGUCAACCAGUCGUCGUAUUCAAGUGCAACAACUCAAAACCAGCGAGCGAUGUUUAUUACCACCACGUAGUACAAAAGGGAUCCUACAUUCCUCUUACAAUCUAUUCCGAAUACCUCUCAGCGAUGGCCGUACAGUACCCAUCGCUACGAUUCAAUGUUUAUUUUCUUGUUGAUGACUUUGCGCAAAAUGGAAAGAGACCUAGGCUAUUCAAGCGACUCCCUGCAAUACCUGGAACGCUUAACGUAAUUGUGGAACAAAGUAACAGAAGAGAGAUUAGAGACUUCCAAAGAAGGUAUCAAAACGUCAAUAUAACUAUAAUGACUCUCGGUAAAUUUAUGGCAAAGACACCGUUAAGAUACAAGUGGAAGAGCAUUCCGUCGAUGUAUCUGCCGUUUUAUGCAAGGAUUCUCUCGGUCUGGCAAACUGGGGGUAUUGGAAUAGAUCUUGACACAUUUAAUAACCUUUAUAACAAUCGACAAGAUGUCAAUAAUAAAAUUGAAGCAAUAUUGAAACAGCAUAACGAAGGUAUAGAAACGGACAAAUACAUGGAUAUAUUUAACUCCAUGAAACGCGAUGACGAUAACGAAAUAUUUUCCUUGUUUUUCAAUGUAAUACACAACUUAAUGAACCAAACAAGCUCUUUUUUCAAUCUGGAUGUGUCCCCGGAUAUAAAACUUCUUGAUAGGACUCCGCUCGUUAGAACACAUAGAAAUAAACGGGAAAUUAUGGAAGAACUACCACUUAAUAAUGCGUCUGAUGCAAGUAAUAUUACCGAUAAAAACACUUCAGUCACCGAGGCAACGCCAAUUAUCUCUACAGAAAUAAUUCAAGUAUCAACAUUAAACUUGACUGAGGACAAAGCUAAUAAAAGUCAUGCAAGUUUUGUUGGGCCAGCUGACAUGAAAAUAAAAAGUCCAGGUCGACUAAUACCGAUUGAUUUUCCUCAAGUGAUGAUAUUUUACGACUUCCUAGUAUCAGACGAUGUUGGCCCAUCUUAUCCAGCCUUGGCUCCUAUCAAUCCAGCUACGCCGAUGAAAAUAACUGAGUUUAAAAAACUGGCUAAGCAUGGGAAAAUGUCUAAUCAUCUAUCUGUAAGCUUCGACGGAGCUUUCGUUGCAGCUCCGAUGUGCUAUCACCCAUUUUUGACUCAACUUUUGUCGACAGGAUGCAAAAGAGAAAACCCAAAUAUUGCCAUCAAAGAUACUUUUAUGAGCCAAUGUUCGACUUUCUUGAGAGAUGACGUGUAUUGUGACAAUAUCUACAUUAUCGAUAGCAUUUAUAAUUAGUUACUUUUUAUUUUAUUUAAGGUUUCAUGUUUCCAAAUUGGCUUAUAAUAUAUUGUGUUAGUAUUAAACGUAUAAAGUACAA